UUCUGUCCUCCGAGAAAUUGAAAGUGUCAAAUCAGCCAGAGAUCCAAACUAAACGAUUAUCAGAAAAGAUUAAUCUACAAAACAUCUUCAGGUGUUGUACACUGAGCCUGCUCUGGCUCACUCAUGUUGGAGCUGAAGACCGUGGAUCAAACCUGACUCAAGAUGGCCUGUGUAGAUGAACCUCCAGAGAAGCACUGCUGGGUUUGUUUUGCCACGGAGAAGGAGGAUCGUGCUGCAGAAUGGGUCAGUCCGUGCCGCUGUAAGGGCUGCACUAAGUGGAUCCAUCAGUCUUGCUUACAGCGUUGGCUUGACGAAAAACAGAAGGGAAACAGUGGUGGAGCCGUCAGCUGCCCACAAUGUGGCACUGAAUAUCAUAUAGUUUUCCCCAAAAUGGGGCCUCUGGUGUACUUCCUCCAGCAGGUGGAUCGAGCUCUGUCCAGGGCCAGUCCGUUCGCUGCGGCUGGAGUCGUGGUGGGCACCGUUUAUUGGUCGGCCGUGACCUACGGUGCCGUCACGGUUAUGCAGGUGGUGGGGCAUAAGAAGGGUCUGGAUGUGAUGGAGCGUGCGGAUCCUCUCUUCCUGCUCAUGGGUUUACCCACCAUCCCCGUCAUGCUGGUACUGGGUAAAAUGAUCCGCUGGGAGGAUUACGUGGUGCGGCUCUGGCAGCGACACUCUUCCAAGCUUCAGGUCUUCAGCGGGCUUGUACCUGGGAUGGGUCGUGCUCUGCCCCGCGCCCCAGCAGAAGGCGGAUACGGAGGAGACCAUCUCUCUGUGUCUCGCACCCUGUGUGGAGCGCUCAUCUUCCCCUCCAUCGCCAGCCUGGUGGGUCGUCUCCUGUUCCGCAGAGUCACGUCAAACCUGCAGCGCACCAUCCUGGGUGGCAUUGCCUUCGUGGUGAUUAAGGGAGUGCUGAAAGUGUAUUUCAAACAGCAGCAGUACCUCAUCCAGGCCAACAGACACAUCCUGAAUUACCCUGAGCCCGAGGGACGAGCAGACGGCGCUGUUGAGGACGACAACGAAGACAGUAGCAACGAAUGAAGAGGAUGCACUUGAGGAAAUCAACAAAGGAACUGUAGUAUAGGAUUCGCAGAAUAAAAAUACAUAUUUACGGAU